CAAAGCCAGCUUUAAAAGGAGGCUUCCCCCUCACUUUCCAUACACCUUACAGAGAAUGAGAGAUAGAGAGAUGGGAGGCCUUCCAUGUGAAUCUGAAUCCUGGGUUUCUUCUUCUUCCACCACCUCAAUCCCAGAAAAUGAUACUGCUUUUGAGCUGGUAAGCCAACCCCAAACUACUGGCUCUCUUAACCAAGACGAGGAGUGGGCAAAGUUGAAUUUUGCUAACAAGAACAACCUUAACAUGAACAAUAAAAAUGGCAGUAGUUUGAAGAAGAAGAAGAAGAAAAGCCAGGUCUUGCUUGAAUGGUAUGUGGAGCCAGCUGAUGAUGACGACUUGUCAAGAACCAAGAGUUUGACAGAUGAGGAUCUUGAUGAGCUCAAAGGGUGCUUGGAUCUUGGCUUUGGGUUCAGCUAUGAGGAGAUUCCUGAGCUCCGUAACACCUUGCCUGCGCUUGAGCUUUGCUAUUCAAUGAGCCAGAAGUUCAUGGACGAGCAGCAGAAGUCACCACCAGAGAGUGCUCAAGCGCCUGCCACCGACUCUUGCUCUCCGGUUUCUAGUCCCAUUGCCAACUGGAAGAUCUCUAGUCCUGGUGACCCUCCAGAAGAUGUUAAGGCAAGGCUAAAAUAUUGGGCGCAGGCUGUGGCAUGUACUGUUAGAUUAUGCAGCUAGAACUAUAAGAGAUCAAGAUUUAAUGGGUUUAUCAGAAGGGGAAAAUGGAUGGACAUUCUCUUUUGCAACUGGAAGCCGAUGACCUGGAACUUCAUGUGGAGCUUUUGCUUCACUUACCUCUCCAGGACAAUCUUUAUGCAGGAAUGAAUUUUCCUGCAAUCUUUUAGCUGGAGAAGGACCUGCUAAGAUCCGUCAAUGACGGGUCAGAUUUUAUGAAGAAAGAAGUGGAGGAGGAAGAAGGAGAAGGUUUCAGCGGUGAGAACCUUCAUUAGAGCUUCAUCAGCCACUCGCAGACCUCUGCGAUUGCUGAGAUGAAUGCGUGUUCAGCUGGUACUGCAGGAGCAAAUGGAAAGAGGGAGAAAAGGGGUGCUAAGUUGAAGUAUUGUUACAUUGGUGCUAAGUUUAGGUUCUAACUUGUAAAUCUUCAUUGAUCAUGUGAUUUCCCUUAGCUUCAUUGGGAAAAUGUGCCCCGACACUUACCUAUAAGGACUAAGUUGAAUUAUUGUUGCAUUGUUGUUGAUAGUUAAAGCUUGUUUCAUUCAAUUCACUUAAUUGUGAUCUGCCCAAGUUGUUAAACACCUUAAGGUAGAUGAAAUCCAAAGAGCUGUGCAUUUUCUUGUUA